AUGAGCGGCUCACUCGUCACAACGGGGGGUAUCUCGGAUCCUGCCCUCAUCACGUUCGUCUCCUGCUCCUUUCUGGAUAGCCUCGUCAACAAGCUCCAGGAUGUUUUCUCUACUGUUGGCGUCAACAACCCCAUUGAUCUCCCCCAGAUUGCCGUCGUCGGUAGCCAGUCUAGCGGCAAGUCAUCUGUGCUGGAGAACAUUGUAGGACGAGACUUCUUGCCUCGAGGUACCGGUAUCGUAACCCGUCGACCCCUGGUCCUCCAGCUCAUCAACCGUCCUGCGCAGUCCAACGGCGUCACGCAGGAGGACAUCAACACCGAUACCGACAAGGCCGCCAACCCCGACGAGUGGGGUGAGUUCCUUCACCUGCCCGGCCAGAAGUUCUACGAUUUCAGCAAGGUCAGGGAAGAGAUUGCCAGGGAGACGGAUGCCAAGACGGGCAAGAACUAUGGCAUCUCGCCCGCCCCCAUCAACCUUCGAAUCUACUCCCCCAACGUCCUGACCCUGACCCUCGUCGACCUGCCCGGUCUGACCAAGGUGCCCGUCGGUGACCAGCCUCGCGAUAUCGAGCGCCAGAUCCGCGAGAUGGCGCUCAAGUACAUUGGCAAGUCCAACGCCAUCAUCCUGGCCGUCACGGCCGCCAACAUCGACCUGGCAAACUCGGACGGUCUCAAGCUCGCCCGCGAGGUCGACCCCGAGGGUCAGAGGACCAUUGGCGUCCUGACAAAGGUCGAUCUGAUGGAGGAGGGAACCGACGUCAUCGACAUCCUGUCCAACCGCGUCAUCCCCCUGCGCCUGGGAUACGUCCCCGUCGUCAACCGUGGCCAGCGCGACAUUGACAACCGCAAGCUCAUCAACGUGGCGCUCGAGGCCGAGAAGAACUUCUUUGAGAACCACAAGGCGUACCGCAACAAGAGCUCCUACUGCGGUACCCCCUACCUGGCGCGGAAGCUCAACCUGAUCUUGAUGAUGCAUAUCAAGCAGACCCUGCCCGACAUCAAGGCGCGCAUCUCGAGCUCGCUGCAAAAGUACGCGGCCGAACUCGAGAGCCUGGGCCCGUCCAUGCUCGGCAACAGCGCCAACAUUGUCCUCAACAUCAUCACCGAGUUCACCAACGAGUGGCGUACCGUCCUCGACGGAAACAAUACGGAGCUGUCGAGCACCGAGCUUUCGGGCGGUGCCCGUAUCAGCUUCGUCUUCCACGAGCUCUACUCCAACGGUGUCAAGGCUCUCGAUCCCUUUGACGUGGUCAAGGACGUCGACAUCCGCACCAUCCUCUACAACUCGUCGGGUUCAUCGCCCGCCCUCUUUGUCGGCACCACGGCCUUUGAGCUCAUUGUGAAGCAGCAGAUCAAGCGCGUCGAGGACCCCAGCCUCAAGUGCGUCUCUCUCGUCUACGACGAGCUGGUGCGCAUCCUCUCCACCCUCCUGGGCAAGCAGCUGUACCGCCGCUACCCGGGUCUCAAAGAGAAGAUGCACGGCGUCGUCAUCGCCUUUUUCAAGAAGGCCAUGGAGCCUACCAACAAGCUUGUCCGCGACCUCGUUUCCAUGGAGGCCUGCUACAUCAACACUGGCCACCCCGACUUCCUCAACGGUCACCGCGCCAUGGCCAUCGUCAACGAGCGCCACAACCCGUCCAAGCCCGUCCAGGUCGACCCCAAGACCGGCAAGCCUCUACCCGCCGCUACACCCGCGCGCGCUGCCAGCCCCACGGUCUCGGAGACGGACUCUGGGAACUCUGGCUUCUUCGGUAGCUUCUUUGCUGCCAAGAACAAGAAGAAGGCCGCUGCCAUGGAGGCGCCGCCACCCAUGCUCAAGGCCUCUGGUACUCUGUCUGAGCGUGAGAAUAUCGAGGUCGAGGUCAUCAAGCUGCUCAUCUCUUCCUACUACAACAUUGUCAAGCGCACCAUGAUCGACAUGGUUCCCAAAGCUAUCAUGCUCAACCUUGUGCAGUUCACCAAGGAUGAGAUGCAACGCGAGCUCCUGGAAAACAUGUACAGGACCGACAAUGUCGACGACCUCCUCAAGGAGAGCGACUUUACCAUUCGUCGACGCAAGGAGUGCCAGCAGAUGGUGGAGUCUCUGGGCAAGGCUAGUGAGAUUGUCAGCCAGGUGCAGUAA